AAGAACCUUCAUAUCUUAUUUAGGUUUUCUAUUUCUCAUCCAAAUAUUAUAGUUUCACUUUCUUUCUACACUCUUUUGUAAUAGUAUUUAAUGUUCAAAAAGUAUUUGGUUGAUUACUGGCAAGAUUACUGGUACCUUUGGUACAUUAAUGCAUCAUUGAUGCAUCAUUGAUAAAUUGUUACCAUCAUCAAAGAAGUAUUGAUACCAAUGGCUUUGCAAAGUACAAUCAACCAUCCUCUAGAGUUCAUUCUCCGUUUAUUCGGUAUCUGGCCGAGUUCUCGUUAUCGAGUUUUGAAGAGCAUCGUUUGGACAUUGUUGUUGCUCACGUUUUUAGUGUUCCAGUAUUGGUAUUUUAUCAGUCAUCUUAAAUCCACUGAUCUGACCGACUUGUUAGACGGAUUAAGCCUUACUUUAUCAAACAAUCUUGUUCUAUUGAAGCUGAUCGUUAUCUGGUUUCAUAAUCGAACAUUUUGCGAUAUCCUGACGUCCAUGCUCGAGGACUGGAAUUGUCCUUCAUUGGGGGAGAAGAAACAGAUAAUGAUACAUAAGGCCAAUUUAUCUUCUCGCAUUACCAAUGUUUUGUUUACGUACUAUUUUGUGUCUUUUGUUUUGUACGCAGGGAUUACUGUGGCCCUAUUAAGGGAGGAUAACGAUGGUACCCAAACGAGGAAAUUCUUUAUCAAAAUGGUGUUUCCUUUUGACGUAACGACUUCUUUACUUUAUAGUCUUAUUUUGGUUCUACAGUUUGUGUUAGAAUGUAUUUUGGCCUUCGCAGCAGCAAUGUUCAUGGCAUUGAUUGCAACACUAAUAUUACAUGUCGGUAGCCAAGUUGAAAUAUUUUGCCAAACAUUGACGGAAGUUCCCAUUUAUUCCGGAAAGGAUGAGUCUCGAGUCUUGAUAUUCAAAGAUCUCGUUUCCAGACAUCAGAGAAUCAUAACGUUGUCCGAGAAUAUUCAAAAUAUGUUCAAGUACAUAUCGUUGGGUCAAUUUUUGUCGAACAUGAUGGUGAUCGGUUUUGUAAGCUUUCUCUUUGCGGUCUCUUCGAACAUGGAGCAAGGAUCUGUAGUAAUAAUGAAGUGCUUUCCUUAUUACGUCGCUGUAAAUUGCGAAGCAUUCAUUCUUUGUUACACUGGGCAAUAUCUUUCUGAAAAGAGUGACGAUAUUACAGAGGUUGUUUACGAUUCCCUCUGGUACGAAUUGAAUCCUAGGGAAGCUCGUAUUAUAUUAUUAGUAAUAAUGAGGUCGCAGAAGCAAUUGAAGCUCACUGUUGCUCAAUUUACGACGCUUUCGCUCCAAGCGUUUGCCAAUAUGUUGAAAGCUUCUGCUUCGUACGUGUCGCUUUUGCUUGCGGUAUACUGAGGUCGAAGGACUUUGUAAAUAUUUAGUAAAAGAAAUCGAAACGCGAAGAACAUUUUGUCGAAACAGAAGAUUAGAGAAGAAAUUGACAAUUUGGCGUUUGUAAAAAAAUGUUAUUAAUUCAACUAGCAGAGGAUAAUACAACAAUUCAAAGAAUUUUGAUGUUUUUAUUUUCUCGAAAACUGAACGAAAUAUGUAAGGAAGCGAGUAGAUUUCGGGUUGUGUAUAAUUACUCUGAUUAUUAAUAUUUAUUAUUGUCUUGAAAGAAUGAUCUUCUGUCGAGCUACUUGGAAAGUUAAAUUAAUUAUAGUUUUAAUACUUAUUUCCUUCGUGAAAUAUUGUUUUUAUUUUAUAGGAUUCGUGGCUCACA